AUGACUGUGUGUAUCGAGUUAGUCCGAAGAUGAACUCUGUGCUUUCGGGUGAUGUAUUCAUGACCGCAAGGGGCAGGAUCGGAGUCGGUGAAUCCAAACUGGAGGAAUCCCGAAUGUGGCCCGAAUUGUAGUCGAGUAGUAGUAUCGGCCCCCAUACAUAUAAACCACAGCGGCAACCCCAUUUCAACACUUAUCAUCGGUCUACGCAUUUCGACCAUGGCGUUGACAAUGUAUCUCAUUCUUGCCCUCGCCGCGGUCUUGGUGCUUCACUCUUUCCUUUCCAGCAGAAAGUUGCAACGGCAGCGCGGUCUUCCACACAUUCCUCUGGUGAAGUUUGAUCGCGAUGACACGCAGGCAAACUACGUCAUGCGGACCAAGGAAAUUAUGCACCAAGGAUAUUUGAAGUACACUAAGAACGGAAUCGCGUUCCGCAUCCGCAACCCAAUCGACGAGGGAAGCCCUCAGGUGAUUAUACCAAGCAAGUAUUUGGACGAGGUAAAGAACGCGCCGGAGACCGAAUUGAGCUUCCCAUUGCACGCGAUUCAGUCUUUCUUGUUGGAAUAUAGCGGAUCGGCGCUUCCAUCCCUGGCGGCAACAAAUGUCACCCGCAUUGACCUCAACAAGAACCUAGGGGAGUUGGUCGGGGGACUGAAGGAAGAGUGCCUCGACGCCCUUGGAACAGUGAUUCCAGAAAGCACGGAUUGGACGCCUCUGAAGCCUUGGGAGGUCUCCCUUCCGCUUGUCGCCCGAAUGACCGGACGAGUCUUGGUCGGACCGAAGCUCUGCAGCGACCCCGAGUGGAUCCAACUCACAAUCGCCAAUACCACGGGCAUCAUGAAAUCGGCGAUGGAAAUCCGAGCCUCCUAUUCUGCACGGUGGCAAUGGCUGGCUCCCUGGACCUAUCGGAGGCGAAAGGACCUGUUGACGCUCCGCAAACGGGCAGCCCGGAUGAUCGAGCCUCUCUAUCGCGAGCGCAUUGCCACCAAUAGUCACACCGAAAAACACCGCGAUGCAGUGCAAUGGCUCAUCGACAAUGGCAAUCACGACGGCCAGGUCACGAGCCCCGCAGAGAUUGCCGAUGGGCUCUUGUUUCUUUACAUGGCGGGCAUUCACAGUACGAGUGCCACAGUCGUCUCGAUGAUGUACGAUCUGAUCGCGCACUCGGACUACAUCCCCGAGCUGCUGGAGGAGAUCCACCAGGUAUUGGCCGACUCCCCUGAAUGGUCCAAACAGAGUCUGGCCAAGCUGCGCAAACUCGACAGUUUCAUGAAGGAGAGCCAGCGCCUGCAUCCGGUGGGACAUGUCACCGUCCAGCGAUCGACGGUGAAGCCCUUCACCUUCCACGACGGAGUGCGCCUCCCUGCCAACACCCAUCUGAGCUUCCCGACCGACGAGCUCACCCACGACCCCGAUGUCUACCCUCAACCCGAUGUCUUCGACGGUCUUCGGUUCUACCACAUGCGAAGGGAUGGGGAUGCGAGCAAGUUCCACUUUGCGACGGUGUCCAACCAGUCCACCAAUUUCGGGGCGGGGUUCCAUGCGUGUCCGGGGCGCUUCCUGCAUGCUCCAGCACAUUACUUUCAAUCACGAGGAGCGCGGUUUCGAUCCGGAAACGUCCGCACGGAGUCCCAGGACGCCAUGUCGAGCGGCACCACCGUGAUGCGCGUCUGCGUGCUGGGCGUCGCGGCGAGCAUCCGCUGCUUGGCCGCCGCACCCUUGGCCGGGUCGCGCACCGCCAGGAUCAACGCGCCAAUCUGGGGUAUGAGGGAGAACCGCCACAGCCACCACAUCUCGUCCCAGUGGAAUUGGGCCACGCUCAAUGCGACCCUUCACGGCCGGUUGCAGGGGACGGUCCCGCUGGCUCGACCGUGCUUCGACAGCUACGACGGCCGACUGGCCAUGUUCCAGCCCAGUCAGUGUUCCGAGGUGCAGGCCCAAUACACGUCGGCCGCCUAUCGCGCCGACCUUUACAGCGGCUUCAUGCAUGCGCAGAAUGAGAUCUGUGCUGCCUCGACCGACCAACUGACACGCCAGUGUCUCUUGGGUCCCACCGAACCCCUGGUUGACCCGCCGUCGACCUCCUGCGGCCAGGGGAGCGUGUCCCACUACCACAUCCCGGUCACUGACGCGGCCGACGUCCAGGCAGCGUUUGCUUUUGCCCGACAGACCGGUGUCACCCUGAGCAUCAAGAACAGCGGGCAUGAUUACAGCGGCCGCAGCAGUCUCCGCGGCUCGCUGGCCCUAUGGACCCGCCCCAUGCAGCAGCUCAUCUACCAUCCGAACGACUUCGUCCCCGCGGGAUGCAGCGCGCAGCACCGAGCCGCCCACGCCAUCACGGUGGGAGCCGGGGUGAACUUCGACCAGGUGUACCGAUUUGCGCACGAGCACAAUGUGACCUUCAUCGGGGGCACGGCGCCCACGGUCGGGGUGUCGGGGGGAUUCGCCAUGACGGGGGGACACGGGCUGCUGACGGCGCAAUUCGGGCUGGGGAUCGACCGGGUCCUGGAGUACAAGAUCGUGACGGCGGAUGGGGAGUUGCGGACGGCCAACGCGUGCCAGCACCAGGACCUCUUCUGGGCGCUGCGCGGCGGCGGCGGCGCGACGUACGGCGUGGUGGUGGAAUCCACGCACCGAGUCGAGCCGUCGCGGCCGUUGGUCUUCGCCUCUCUCACUCUGCCUGCCCCCGAUGCUAACUUCACCCGCCUCCUCAUCCGCCAUGCCCGUCGCUGGUCGCUGCAGGGCUGGGGCGGUCCCAACGCCAUGGACCGCAUCGCCAUGGCCAAUCCCUUCCUCGAUCUCCCCGCCGCCCGAGCCUCCCUGGCCGAGGUCAUCGACUACGUCGACGCCCACGACGGCGGCUCCGUCUCGUUGACCGUCUAUCCCGACUUCUAUCCCAUCUACCAGGAGUACAUGACCGCCACCGCCGAUGCAGGCGUUGGCACGGCCAGCUUCGCCACCAAUCGUCUCAUCCCCACCACUCUCUUCCAACAGCCCAACGACACCGCACGCCUCCUCGACGAGUUGGUCCUGCUGGCGGCGGAGGGUUACGCCCCGACCCUCUUCGCGACUCCGCCAGCGUACUACGAGAGCCGCCAGCCAUCGAAUCCUCCUCCUCCUACUACUACUACUAAUCAUAAUGAUGAUGAUAAUAAUAAUAAUAAUAAUACCUCCACAACCCCCGCAUGGAGAGACAGUACCUGGAUGAUCACGGUCAGUGCCGAAUGGGCCUGGAACAGUACGCUGGCCGAAAAACGCGCCUUCGUCCGGAAUUUCCAGUCCGUGACGCAACGCCUCGCUCGCCUCGCUCCCCGCAGUGGCGCCUACAUCAGUGAGGCUGAUCCCUUCACCCCCGACUGGCGGACCGCCUGGUGGGGGGACGAGAACUAUGCCCAUCUGCUCCGCAUCAAGCGGAAAUAUGACCCCGCGGGGCUACUGCGGUGUUGGCGAUGCGUGGGAUGGGAAGAGGAAAGGGCGGACCCGGACGGUGGGUUUGGCUGUCUGGGUGGCCUUGUUGAUGUCUGAAUGAGCUAGAUGGUGUUACUUAUUGCUACUUGUUCCUGUUCCUGUUUCUGUUCUUGUGUGUGUGUGUGUGUGUGUGUGUGUGUGUGUGUUGGAAUAGUGGGAUAGUACCCCUCACAUAAGACUCUCCCUCUAUCGAUAUAUAGAACGGAAAAUUCAAAAACUACUAGCAUGUAUUCCCCAAGGCCUCAUCCGUAGUGGCAGUGGCAGUGGCGGUGGUAGUGGUGCUUGACCCCUCCUUAUACGCCACCAAAGUCUCCAGAAACUCAUUCACAUCCUGCGCGCCG